AGUUGAGACAGAUCGGCACUGUCCCAUAUAAACCGAACCUCAAUCUCCAAGUCCUCAUCGACAGGAUCACUCAGCAACCAUGAGGUGUCUGGUCUUUGUUCUGCUCAUCGGAGCUGCUUUUGCCACGGAGGACGACAAGAUCGUCGGAGGGUAUGAGUGCAAGCCCUACUCCCAGCCCCAUCAGGUGUCUCUGAACUCCGGCUACCACUUCUGCGGAGGCUCCCUCGUCAAUGAGAAUUGGGUGGUGUCCGCCGCUCACUGCUACAAGUCCCGCGUCGAGGUGCGUCUCGGAGAGCACAACAUCAAGGUCACUGAGGGAAAGGAGCAGUUCAUCAGGUCCUCCCGCGUCAUCCGCCACCCCAACUACAGCUCUUACAACAUCGACAAUGACAUCAUGCUGAUCAAGCUCAGCGAGCCCGCCACCCUCAACCAGUACGUUCAGCCCGUGGCCCUGCCCACCAGCUGCGCCCCUGCCGGCACCAUGUGCAAAGUCUCUGGAUGGGGCAACACCAUGAGCUCCACCGCCGACAGGAACAAGCUGCAGUGCCUGGACAUCCCUAUCCUCUCCCAGCAGGACUGUGACAACUCCUACCCCGGCAUGAUCACCGAUUCCAUGUUCUGCGCCGGAUACCUGGAGGGUGGCAAGGACUCCUGCCAGGGUGACUCUGGUGGCCCCGUGGUGUGCAACGAUGAGCUUCAGGGCGUUGUGUCCUGGGGAUAUGGAUGUGCCGAGAAGGACCAUCCUGGUGUCUACGCCAAGGUCUGCAUUUUCAACGACUGGCUUGAGCGCACCAUGUCCCGCUAUUAAACCCGAUCCUUUGAUCCAGAACGCAUGCCUCAUUAACACCGUUGUACCUCCUGGAGAACUGUUGUAGACCUUCAACAUGCAACAACUUUCCAUUUGUACAAAUAAAGGCAGAAAAAUGA